CACUACUAUAUAACAAAUAAUUUGAGCUAAGUAGUCAUGAACACGGCUGUGGCAGACUCCAGGGUGCUGGUUAGCUUCCUGAAUGCUGAUGGUCAGAACACCGGGGCUCCUCUGGAGAUACCCCUCGACACAACUACUAAUCAGUUGCAGGUGCUGGUAAACGCUCUACUGGGAGCAGAAGAAAAGUACCAGUUUCACGUCAACGACUUCGAAAUAACAGACUCCCUCCGCAAAACCGUAGUCCAACAAGAGGAUAAUAUCAGUACGGAGAAUGCAAUAGAGAUCAGAUACGAGCCUCAAGCUGUGUUCAGGGUGAAGGCUGUUACGCGGUGUACCAGUAGUAUGCCUGGGCAUGGGGAGGCGGUUAUCAACGCUGCUUUUAAUAAUGAUGGGACUCAGCUAGCUUCAGGUUCAGGAGACGCGAGCGUGAGAUUCUGGGACCUCACCACAGAAAGUCCACUACACGUGUGUAAGGCUCACAAACAAUGGGUCCUGGUAAUUGCUUGGCAUCCAGCCAGCAAGUAUGUGGCAUCUGCUUGUAAGAAAGGUGAUAUCUGUAUUUGGGACCCGAAAUCUGGAACACACAUAGGGAAAAUCCUCUCUGGGCACAAGAAAUACAUCAGCUCUCUAGCGUGGCAGCCGUUACACUGUUCUAAGAAUAAUAUGACUCUCUUAGCCAGUGGGAGUAAAGACAAUUCUAUCAAGAUCUGGGAUGUGGUGCGAGGACAAUGCAUGAUAACCCUGACAAGUCACACUCAAGGUGUCACCUCUAUUAGGUGGUCCGGUGACGAUCUCAUCUACUCUGCUUCACAAGACAGAACCAUCAAGGUAUGGAGGCCGAGUGACGGUGUGAUGUGUAGAACACUACAAGGACACGGGCACUGGGUUAACAGCAUGGCUCUCAGUACUGAUUACGCUACAAGAAUAGGCUCCUGGGACCCGGCCCUACAAGGUAAAGCACAGUGCAAUGAUCCAUUAACAGUGUACAACAAGUACAAGGGAGCAGGAGAAGAGUUCAUGGUAUCAGGGUCUGACGACUUUACUCUGUUUCUUUGGAACCCAGCCAAGAGCAACAAACCUGUCUGUAGGAUGACUGGGCAUCAGCAGCUUAUCAAUCAGGUGAUGUUCUCUCCAAACGGACGGAAAAUAGCGUCAGCGAGUUUCGACAAGUCAGUUAAAGUGUGGGACGGAAAGAGCGGCAAGUUUGUUUCUACACUGCGAGGUCACGUGAGAGCAGUCUACCAGGUCAGCUGGAGUGCUGACGGGAAGCUGCUGGUGUCUGGGUCCUCUGAUAGCACUGUUAAGAUCUGGUGUAUGAGGACGUUUUCCCUGCUACAAGACUUGCCCGGGCAUGCUGACGAAGUUUACACAGUUGACUGGAGCCCCUGUGGCACUAAAGUCGUCAGUGGCGGCAAGGACAAAGUGCUAAAGAUUUGGCGAGCUUAGAGGAAUAGUGCUUAAAUUAUUAGGGAGCUAGGAGAAGAGUUAAUGUCUAAUGUUUAUUAUGUAACACGGAAUGUGGGACUGUUAACGCUAAACAUCACAUUUUAUCUUUCUGUAAUUGCAGUUACAGGGUAUUUGUGACCAUUAUUGACAGCCGGCCUGGGAUAUUUUUAUGGAAUCAGAUUUAUUGAGAGUUGAGACUUCCGUUUAACUUAUUAAAUUUCUUUUACUGUAAUUUAUUUGUUUUUACUUUUUAGUUUUUGAAAAAUUA